AUCUAUAGAUAGCAGUACAGUCGAGAAGUCAAAAAUAUAAUAUAUAGAAGAUCUAUUAUGAAUUAAUACAAUGUAUUAAGGUUCUUUACAGUUUCUUGUUAUCUUUGAAUGAUAUUUUAAGAAAAUAAAGAUAAGUUCUAUUAACAAUAGAAAGGACAAAUUGCCUAAUAAAAAAUGACAGACAAAUCUGAUGAUGAACGAAAUAAACCUGGUAUAGGUAGAGGUACUCUGCUUUUGCAAAAGAUAAGAGAACAAUUGGUAGAAAAUGAAUCUAACAUUGUAGAUACAUCUAAUAUUACAAACCAGCAAGAAUCAAUUUCACAGGUACAAGCAUUAGAUACUACUUUGCCUUUUACGGGACGUGGAAAAGCUUUAUUAUUUAGCUCAACAAAAAUUGAAAAGGAAAAAGAAAAAUCAUCAUUAUUUGAGGUUCUUCCUACCAUAGGUAAAGGAAGAGCAUCUCCUUUAGGUUUAUUUAAAAAGAUCAUAACAUCUGGACAACCUUUGAUGACAGAACAACAGGUUAACACAAAAGAAUCUAUUGUAGAAAAACAACAAAGUAAUAAAAAACAAGCUGUCAUAGUACAAGAUCAAAUAGCCUCUUGUAGUGAUAAUGCUGGAAUAUUAGGCAGGUUAUCUCAACUUUCUGUAUAUGAGACUACUCCUGCAACUACUACCCCAAACCAAGAAUUACAAGUAAUAAACCGCCAAGGUACAAGUGGAGAAGUGGUAGAUAUAUUUGCUAAUUACAUCGAUUUAAAACUAGAUCCAGGAAGGGGAUUAUUCCAAUAUGAAGUUAAAUUCAAUCCUGAUAUUGAUUCAAGAGCUCUGAGAAGAAAACUUUUGAAUCAGCAUGCAGCUAAACUUGGACACACCUUAAGUUUCGAUGGAGUUCUUUUAUAUUUACCUCACAAAUUUCCACAAGAGAAAAUAGUGUACAAAUCUAAUCAUCCAUUAGAUGGGUCUCCAGUGAUCCUUACUCUUAUUUUUAAAAAGAAAGAAAAGAUGAGUGAAAGUGUCCAAUUUUUUAAUGUUCUUUUUGGACGUAUUAUGAGAGCUCUUAAUUUAGUUCGUAUCGGCAGACAAAAUUUUAAUCCUGCAUGUGCUCAUACUGUACCACAGCACCAAUUAGAAGUGUGGCCUGGUUAUGUUACAGCUAUUAAUGAAUAUGAAAGUGGAUUAAAACUUUGCAUUGAUGCAAAACAUCGAGUUAUGCGUAUGGAAACAGUUCGAGAUUUGAUGAUUGAAAUUCAUAAAAAGAACCAACAGCAUUACAAAGAUUAUAUAACAAUGGAAGUUGUUGGGUCUAGUGUUCUAACUCGAUAUAAUAAUAAGACUUAUCGUAUUGAUGACAUUGCAUGGGACAAAAAUCCAAUGUUUCAAUUUGAGAGACAAGGUAUAAAAACGACUAUAAUAGAUUAUUAUAAAAAUCAUUGGAGUUUGGAAAUUAAAGAUAAAACCCAGCCACUUUUAGUACAUCGUUCUAAAGAAAAAUUAUCUACUGGGCAGACACACGAAAAACUUACACUUCUAGUACCUGAAUUAUGUUAUGUCGCUGGAUUAACGGAUAGUAUCAGAUCAGACUGUAGAAUUAUGAAAGAUCUUAAUACAAUUACAAAAGUUUCUCCUAACAGUCGCCGUGAUAUAAUAAGGAAUUUUUUACAAGAAAUAAAAAAAAAUAGCGUAACACAAGAAAUAUUAUCUGCGUGGGGUUUACAGCUCGAUAAUGAUUUAACUCAUUUGAAAGGACGUGUUCUAAUGCCUGAACGUAUAUAUUUUGGUAAGAAUAAGAUGAUACAAGGAAAACCAAAUGCUGAAUGGAAUAUUGAAAUGGUUAAUAAUCAUGCUUUACGUGCUCCGAGUUUGACAAAUUGGUGUAUUUUUUAUUCUCAGCGAGAUACAAAAUACACUACAGCAUUCAUCAAAAUGCUCCUUGAUAUUUCAUUAAAUUUAGGUCUACAAAUUAGCAGUCCCCGCGAAAUUUCUUUAAAAGAUGAUAGAACUGAUACAUACUUACGUGAACUUCGUCACAUCAUUAAUGAUGAUAUUGAAAUGGUGGUUAUUGUUUUCCCCAGCAAUCGUACUGAUCGAUAUUCUGCAAUUAAAAAAUUGUGUUGCGUAGAAAAACCCAUUCCAUCGCAAGUUAUAAUGUCAAGGACCCUCUCUCGUCCUGAUAAAUUGAGAAGUAUAACACAGAAAAUAGCUUUACAAAUGAAUUGUAAACUAGGCGGUGCUCUUUGGGCAGUGAACAUUCCAUUUGAUAAAUGUAUGGUAUGUGGAAUAGAUGUGUAUCAUCCUGGUUUUGGAACAGGAAGACGAGGAAGUGUAGCUGGUUUUGUAGCUAGUAUGGAUAAAUUAUUAACAUCGUGGUACAGUAAGAUCUGUUUACAAGGAGCACACCAAGAAAUAAUAGAUUUAUUACAGAUCUGCUUAAUUUCAGCUAUUAAUGCGUUUAAAAAACGUAAUGGAAAUAAUCCGAAUCGUAUAAUUGUUUAUCGUGAUGGCGUUGGUGAUGGACAAAUUGACACUAUUGCCAAAUAUGAAGUUAAACAAUUGUUGGCAACAUUCACGCAUAUAGAUCCUGAUUACAAACCACAACUCAGUGUAAUUGUUGUACAGAAGCGAAUUAAUACUCGUUUAUUUUGUGAAAACCAAGGAAAUUUAAUCAAUCCUAUAUCUGGAACUGUCAUCGAUUUUUCUAUAACAAGACCUAAUUUUUACGAUUUUUUUCUUAUACCUCAAAGUAUACGUGCUGGUACUGUAACGCCAACGCAUUAUAUCGUUGCUUAUGAUGGAUCAAAUAUGAAGCCUGAUCACAUACAACGUUUUACAUAUAAACUUUGUCAUUUAUAUUACAACUGGCCUGGUACCAUAAGAGUGCCUGCUCCAUGUCAAUAUGCUCAUAAACUCGUAUCACUCGUUGGACAAAAUAUUCAAAUGGAACCAGAUUCAAGUUUAUGCAACUAUCUCUUCUAUUUAUAAUUCGUGCAUAAUCAGCUAAUGUAUAGUUUAUUUUUUCUAUUAAUAUAAAUAAUAUUUUCUACGCAAUAUAGAUCAAAAAUGAUCAUUCUAUAUUGCUAGAUUCUACGUUGUUAGUAAAAUUUAAAAGACUGCAAAAGAAAAAACUAAAUUUAAGAGAAGAGUACAAUUUAUUUUUAUAUAUUAAAAUAGCAAUUAUAUUUUUUUAUAUAUUAUUCUUUAACAACUGUUAUUUUGUCAGAAUUAUUAUCAUGACUGAUGUUAUUUCUGCUGUGCCAUUUGUAAUAGUAUUAUAAACAGUAUUAUUUUUUUUCUGCCGUACUAUCAUGAAAGGUAACAUCUUUAUGAAUUAGUUUUAAAAAAAGCCUUUAAAGUUUCUGAGGUAUUAUUUACACUUGUUAAAACUCGUAUGACGAGUUUUUUAAAUAGCAUAUAACAAAAAAAAAGCAAUAACUUUUAAAAUAUUACCUUACCUUUUAGAUAUUGAUGCAAAUUGUUUUUCUUCAUAGUAGAGACUUUGAAGAUGUAAAAGUAAUAUUUAAAAGAAUAACGUUUUAUAAGAUCUUUUCUUAUUGCUUUUUUUAUAACUCGUGAUAGAGCUUUUUAAAAUGAAUCCAAUAAUAUAUACAAAUUGGAAUAUCAAAAAAUCAUAGUGCCUUUUUUAAUCGCACGGCAGUAUUCUUUAGAGAUAGUAAAACUAAUAGAAUAUUAUUGUAACAUUAUACAAUUGCUGAUAAUUAUUAAGAAUUUAUUGAUUUAAUAUAUAUACGAAUAAAUAGAUAGGUUAAAUAAUUUACAACUCUUUUACAUAACUUAUCCAAAAAUAAUAUUGAAAAAUAUUGAACUAUUUACAUUCGAGUGUCAUCAUAUAUAAAC